UAAAGUUGUGACUAACAUUCACAUCUGGUAGACGCAGUUCAGUUUCAAUAAUUAGGCAGAAGACAGAGAAGAGAGCAAGCAUCUAAGACGGCAUGGCCACAGACAGCAGUUUCAUGUCAGAGGACCAGUUCCAGUGCUCCAUCUGUCUUGAUGUCUUCACAGAGCCUGUUUCAAUCCCAUGUGGACACAACUUCUGCAAGGCCUGUAUCAGCCAGCACUGGAAAGACAAAGAGCUGUGUAAGUGUCCUCUGUGCAACGACAAGUUCAACAAAGGGCUCAAACUUUGUGUCAACACUGCAUUCAGGGAGGUUGUGGAGAACUUCAAGAAACAAAAUCUGAAUUCCAACAACAAAUCUGUCAAACCAGGGCAGGUGGCAUGUGACUGCUGCCUUGGUAACAAGUUCAAGGCCUCCAAAACCUGUUUGGUUUGUUUGACCUCUUUUUGCGAGACACACCUCGAGCCUCAUCGGAACGUGGCUGCCUUAAAGAGACACAAGCUGACCAAUCCUGUGCACAACUUGGAGAACAAAAUAUGCAAGAAACACAACAGGAUUUUGGAGCUCUUUUGCAGGAACGACCUGAUGAAAAUUUGUGCCCUGUGUACAGAACAUAGCGCUCAUGAUACAGUCCCUUUAGCGGAAGCAAAUGUAGACCAGACGGCUCUGAUGGUGAGGAAAAAGGCAGAAGUACAGAGGGUUCAACAGAGGAGUGGGAGGAAGGGGAAGAGGUUUAAAGUGCAGGCCAUACCGAAAGGCAAAGAUAAAGAGAGGAAAGAUGAAGAGAGGAAAGAUGAAGAGAGGAAAGAUGAAGAGAGGAAAGAUGAAGAGAGGAAAGUGUUUUAUUGCUUGCUACCUGGACACAUGGGCUUGUCUGAAGGAAAGUUCUGCUAUGCCGUUGAGCUCUCAGGAGGAGGCACAUGGUUCUUAGGAGUAGUCAGUGAGUCUGUACUCAAGAAGAAGAAUCUAAACUUUGACCCAACAAAAGGAAGCUGGAUCAUAAUGCUGGGGGAUAACUGUGACUGCACAGCCCAACAUAAAGACUCUGUUCCCUUUAAAUUGAUGAAGAAACAUGAGAGAGUCAUCAUCUGGGUGGACUAUGACAACAGAUUGGUAACCUUCUGUGAUUUAGACACUGGGAUGCCAUUCUUCUCUUUCAUUGGUUGUCAUUUCAAUGAAAGAGUUUUUCUGUUCUGUGCUAAAAAGAGAAACGGCUGCAUGCAGAGGCUACAAAUGACAGUUCAGAACAUAACGCUUCGUGAAAUCCUAUUAUGCUGUUUUGGUUUGGUUAUUUUUCUGAUUAUAUUUUCAAUCCAAGACUCACAAGCUUAAACAUCGUCUGCAUUGAGGGUGGAAACAGUCUGCAACAGUCUAAAUGUGGCCAAAACUAUCUCUCACUGCACAUUUUCAAAGACACAGUUUAACUUGAAGUAUUUUGUUCUUCUUUCUGUAAGCUUUUAGAUUUUUUUUUUCAGUAAUGAAGUUGCAUGUUGAAUUUUUGUAAGUAUUUUUGCAUUCUAUUUUCUGUUACAAUUUGUUUUAAAACAUUCAAAUAUCAUUCCAUAUAUUGAAAUACAUAUUUUAUUGCCACUGUAGUUGGUAUUUGCAGUUUCUGGGAGAAUUGAAAGCAGUUUUCUUGAAGUGGUGUCAGAGGCUUUAUUUGAUUCCAACAUUAGAGGGAACAAUUUGUGUUUUUAAAGGUGCAGUUGGUAGGAACGGGGUAAAAAGCUAUUCUUUUUUCUGCUGGGUUUGGAGAGAAGUUCAUAAUACCCAUUGGUACUCAGUAAUUGAAGUAAUUUGAGAUUAUUUCCAAAUCUCUGUGUUUUUCAAUGCCUUUGUAUCAAGCAAUGUGUUUAUUCCCCUUCGUUUCCCGAUAUCACAAACCAAUCAGAGCUACUCUUCGACCCUCUGUCCUGAUUGGUCGAGUGGCAGCCCCUACUACCUUGUCCUGAUUGGCUGGGAAGCCGGCACUACUUCCUCAUAGAACAAGAACGAGAAGUAAGUGAAAUCUGGUGGGGUGGGGUAGUGUUGACAUUCUAAAUCUCUCUCCAAACUGAUGUUUAUAUCACGACUACCAACAGCAGCUUUAAAUAAGAAAAAUCAGCAAAUCAAGACAUUUUUUAGAAACUGAGCCACCACACCCUAAGUUAUUUUUCUUUUCAUAUAAAGAAACAUUUGUGCUUUUGAACGUACUUCUUGAAUUGUACAAUGUUUAAAAAGUUAAUUUGGUCUGACACUGUAUGUGUGAGACACUUCUUGUAACUCGACCGGUGUCUUCUUUUUUUUUUUUUACCUUGACAUGCUUCGACUAUACACUCCCUGCAGUCUUCCUCAGAAGAGUCACGUGGUGUUGCUGUGACUCUUCUGUCAGCUGGUUUGUAGAGGUUGGUUCGGUUAGUUGUCCUAGUCGAAGCAGCAGGGCGCCCCCUGCUGUCCAACAGUCAAAGGUAACCAAGACAACACUGGUCCAGUCUAUGGUCCAGUUACAAGAACUCUCCAUUUAUAAUGUACAAUUUCAGAUCUCUGUAAGUGUAGGUGAAUAUUAGAUUAGUCAGAUGAUGCAUUAGUCCUUCAACUGUUGAGGCCAAGCAGGGCAAAUCAAUGAGAAGAGAAUGGGUUUGAUUGUUUUAAUGAUUUUGAGAUGAAGAUAACGCUAAAAAAGCAAGCUUUGCUAGAAGAGGAAAAAGGCUCAUAAAGUAUGAACUAUUUCAUUCUCAUCAUUACCUUAUAACUGACCUAUAAGGCAGUAACUCUUAAAAGACAUAUUUUUUCCACCAUUAAAUGAAAGUAUGUUUUAUUAGAGAGUGGAACCAUCAGAUCUUUGUUUCCAUAUCUACAAAAACAAACACUGUAGAGUCAAAAUAUUAAAAGGCUGUAAAAAGUUUAUUGAUCUCUACAACCUUUUUCAACCAGGCAGCUUUGCUGAAUUUUUGAAGUCAAAAUGCAUUGCGGGGAUCUCAGACACAUGCUAUCAUGAUAUUUGCACUACAAGACAACUGGCUGGCAAUAGUGUUGUCUCUUUAUAUAUGUUAGCAUUGCAAAGUCAGUCUUAAAAUGCCUGUACAUGGAUGAACACUGAGAACAACAAAGAGAUAGUCUAAAAACAUCUUGGAGAAAUGAGAAGAACUACUAAUCUACACAUGUUGGGUAGAUCAAAGCUGAUGAGGAGUGAAAAGUGCUUUUAGUUGCUGGUCUGAUGCAUGCAGGACUCACCUACAUGUCUAUCAUCGUACACUUGCUCUGUAAAGCCAUGCAAAGCCAAACCUCAGGUCAUUUUUUAAGGUUGAUGUCAGGGACAGGAUAAGGUUUCCAAAGAAAGCAAACAUGUUGAAUCAAGAGAAUAAUGCAGAUGAAUUACCAUUGGAUAUAAUGAUGCAUUUCAUGUAAGCAUAAUAAUUGUUUAAGCUUUUUUUUUUUUUUUCUUUCUGAAACAUUCAAUGUCUAUUUAUGAAGCAUACAGGGUAUUUGCUUUACAAUGAAUCAGGAAACACUUUGAUUUUGUUUGCUAAAGAGCAAAAUCAAAUGCAGGUUUCUUCUGGUGAUUUGAUGCUGUUGAGGAAGUCCAACGUAUCAUGUGCAGCACAGAGAGUCUGGAGAUAUCAGCCACUGUAGCGGUGAAGUUGAAGCUUUAUUGAUGCUGAGAAAAAAGCAGUGAGUGUGCAGCUGUGAAGACUCAGAUGCAGAAGAGCUGAUCCUGGAUCAGUUUGCUGCUGCUGUGACUCACAUGGACUGUUUGAGUGUCCUACCUGAGUCUCCAUUUAACAUCUUGUUUAUCGCACAUUUUGUUAUUCAAAGAUGAGUCUCUGUGUGUUUUGUGUGCAUUUAUUUCAGAAAAAGGAGGGAUAAAAAUUGUGCUCCCCUCAUUGAGUCUUUAAUUUUUUGUUGUGGGUCCCAGGCUCUCGCCUUCGGUUCUUGAAGGCGUAACGCCUGGUAGAGAUAUGGGAUAAAAGUAAAUAUUACACGUAAAAUAUAGACAAGUCAUUCAGGUAUUUGUUGAAUGUAAAUGUUUGUAUAUUUGAAUGUAAAAUUUGAAAAAUAAUGACACAUAAAUUCUUUUGGAUAUA